AGUACCUUUUAGUGAUGCUACGGCAGCUUAGAGCAGCUAGACCAUCUGCAGUGUCUACCACAGCAAGCCAGUGGACGCAAACCCUUCUCCAUUCUGCAGAUGAGUCGCACAGUGAAGGCGCGUUAAUGGUUCGGUUUUUGGUGGUUUGAAUUGACGAGGGAGUAAGAAGAUGAAGGUGGGCGGGGGAGUAGUGAUUGGUGGUCCAUGUGCUACUGCACUCCCUACACUAUUUGUUCGCCGCAGCAAAGCUGUUCUUGCGAGGUCUCCUACUUCCUUAACGUCUGUUUCUGAAUGAAAUGCAGACCAUAUAUCAUUUAUCAAAGAUAUAGCUGCAAUUCGACCUCCCGAGUAUCUACAAUGUUUGUUGAAAAUGCUUCAAAUAAGAGGUGACCGAAUUGCCUCUCCUGGAGCUAGGGAAGGGUUGAUUCCCCUUGCUAUUCCCCUAUCAGAAAAUCAUUCAGGUGCUUUAACUGCAUUGUUGCGAUGGCCAACAGCUCCAUCUGGGAUGGAGAUGCCAGUUGUGGAAGUUCGUAAGCAUGGAGUAUGGCUUUUAGCCAAGAAUGUGGACCAAUAUAUUCAUAGAAUGCUGGUGGAAGAAGAGGCCAACUGCUCAGACGAAGGUAAUGGUGAACUAUUUGCUGCUUCCUUGGAGGCUGGUAAGAAACUUUGCAGAAGGGGCGACUUCACUGAAUCUAAGAUUGCAAACCUUGACAUCUAUCUUUUGAAGAAGGUUGGUCUGUUUCCCGAUGUCUUAGAACGUAAAGUAAUGCAGCACUUUGAGAAUGGGGACCAUGUUUCUGCAUUGGUGACUGGGGAGUUCUAUACAAGGAAGGAGCAUUUUCCCGGAUUUGGACGGCCUUUUGUGUUUAAUGCAGAGGUUUUGCUCAAGGUUGGGCGUAAGCUAGAAGCGAAAGAUGCUGCAAGGGGUGCUUUGAAAUCACCAUGGUGGACAUUGGGUUGCAAAUACAAGGAAGUUGCUGAUAUUGCAGGAUGGGAGGAUGAGCAAAUCGAGUACAUAAAGGAGAAAGUGUCAGAAGAGGGUAAGAUGGAAGAUCUGAAAAAGGGGAAGCCACCUGCUCAGGUUGCAUUGGAUGAAGCUGCAUUUUUGUUGGAUUUGGCCUCAGUUGAGGGGACCUGGACCGACUCCGUGGAGCGAAUUGCAGAUUGUUACAAGGAGGCUGGACUCCAUGAUAUUGCAAGAUUGAUUCUUUACAGAGAUUGAGUUGAUGAGAGCUAUCCAACCGCAUCAAGAAAUUGAUCAGGAAUGUUUUAAUUUUUUUUUGGUUCCAGUUUUGGAUGUUUCUUUGUUUCAAUUUUAAUUAAUAAAAAUGGAUAGAUGGUCUUAAUUUUUAA